GUCAAACAUUCAAUUUCUCCAAGAAUAUUGGAGGUACUUUACACAAACAAAAACUUGAUCAUCUUCCGAAUAUAACUCAAAAUGGAAGGGAAAUUGUUCUCUAAGAACAAGAACAUAUUGGCAAUCCUUUUCAUCGUUGCAUUAGUGCAAAUAAUGGCUGAUAAAGCCAUAGGGUGUGGCGUCACGAAUGAGAAAUGUGACUUUCUUCGUGUUUGUUGUUCUGGAUAUGUUUGUGAUAAAACACAACAUCAAUGUGUUCAAUCUAAACAUUCAAUGUGCCAACGUAUAGGAGAGAGAUGUGGGACGUUGAAUUUAAAGGGUGAUUGCUGUGGAAAGAGUUACUGCAAAGGAAGCUUUUGGGGUGCUGCAUUUGGAGGCACUUGCACACUUCCAUGAUCCGUUAUUCCGUUAUGUUGUCAAUGCCCUAUGCGCUUUGGCUAUGCUCGAUUCCUAUGUCCUAAUUUAGUGUGUCAUUUAGUAGUUUUAGGUAGAACAUUAAAAUAUUGUUAUCAAAUAUUAUUUUAUUUACUCCCUCUGUCUCGGAAUACUCGAAUUGAUUUGACCGACACAGAUAAUAAUUCAAUGUAAUUGAAUUAUUAUUUAAUUAGAUGGUAGUUGAUAGUGGAUUAUUUUUUUAAUAUAGAUAGUGAAAAAUGUGUCAACCUUUUAAAGAGGUAGUGGAAA